AUUCCGCAAUCAAAGUAUGAUUCUUUCUCUGUUCUAUUUCAUUUCGUUUACACUCGUUAUAGAUGGUCUCCCCACUAAGGAAGACAAUCGAUGGCAGCUCGCAGCAGACGAACAAGGUUACCUGCACCUAGCAUCUCGUAAUCCGAACGCUGUUGAACUGCUUCCGAACCCGGAUCCGCACUUCAACCCCGAAAAGGACAUUCGCUUUCUGUUGUACACUCGGUCCACAGGUGACAUUCCUGAACGGAUUGCUAACAACGAUUACGAUUCGGUGAUGAGUUCCCGCUUCAAUGCCGAUCAUCCCACGAGGAUAAUUAUUCAUGGUUGGGGUGGGAGCCAGAAUUCCGCGAUUAAUAGAGUGAUUCGAACAGAGCUGUUAAACGUUGGGGAGUUCAAUGUUAUUUUCGUCGAUUGGAGUGCCGGGAAUGAUCCGUUUUAUCCAAAUUCGCGGCGUUUAGUGUAUCCGGUGGGAAUCGCAACGUCCAAUUUGAUUGAUUAUCUCGUAAAAGUUGCAAAUCUGAACAGAGAUGAUGUGGUGGUGAUUGGACACAGUUUAGGGGCACACGCAGCUGGUAACGUUGGCAAGGGACAGUUUGGUAAAUUACCGACGAUAAUUGGUUUAGAUCCUGCACUCCCGUUUUUCGCCGGCGAUGAUGUAAUUGAUCGAAUAAUGCAAACCGAUGCAGAGUACGUGGAAAUCAUUCACACCAACGGUGGAGCUGCUGGGUUUCUGGAGCCCAUUGGCGAUGCAGAUUUCUACCCAAAUUGGGGUCGAAUCCAGCCUGGUUGUGGAGUUGAUAUCGAUGGAGGUUGUGCUCAUCAGCGUGCGGUAGACUAUUACGUGGAGUCAAUCUAUUCGCGGAUAGGGUUUAACGCUGUUCAGUGUUCAAGUUUUCAGGAAAUUCGAAGCGGCGUGUGUUCUAGUUCCGGUCCAUCGGCUAAAAUGGGUGGUGAACCUCCAAACAGGGGAUCAUUAGUGAAUGGCGUUUUCUACCUUUCGACUGCUGCUGCUAGGCCGUUCGCUACUGGAUGUUAGAUAGCUGACAUAUUUGUCAUAGUUGGUAGAUAAUAAAGAGGGAUUUCGU